GGAGGUAGUGGUUGGAAGUCUGACUCAUUUCCGGGAUUCGGUUCUUUUGAACAGUUCAUUUCAAAGAACCAAAUCAGGGUUUCUUUACUUCAUGAUGGAAUUACGUCACGUGGUCCCUGAGUGGCUCUAAAACGUUACAGUAAAGCCACAUUUAAACACACGUUACUGUUUAGUAUAAUUUUUUCCGAUUACGUUUUAUUAAAAGGAGUUUAAUGUCCCAGUUCAGUCCGUUUGUUGGAAUGACCCAACUAAUAAAAACAUAAUUUGCAUUUACAUUAAAAAAAAAAUCCUGAUUAUUUUAGCUGAUUCAGCCGUCCUACACGUAAUUACAGAAGAGCUACGUUUUAAUGGUCAACCUUUCUUCAAUUUGUCUAUUAAAGUAUUUUACAAUGAGUUAGUCAAAUAUUCGUGAACUCUAAUAUCAGCCUAAUCAACGGAACAGCUCAAUUCGAUUCGGGAACGAGUCGUUUGGAGCGUUUGGAAAGAUUCAUCCAAAAAGAUUCGUUCACAUCGCUAGCAGGAGGCGCCCAGAACGGCUGUGUCAGUCGAAAGCGAACAUCUCCAUCAGGAAUUUUGGGUUUUUUGAGGACUCAAGGAAACGUUAACGACAUUUUCCGUCGCUUGGAAGAAAAAUGCCUGAAUUACUUUCGUUUUAUCGGAUCUAGAUCAAAUAUUCAUGGACUGAUGCGGCCAUGGCAAGUCUCGGUGUCCGCUUUAUCGAUACACGCCUGCAACAUCUGAAGGAUAUAAAGUGAAAGAUACAUAAUAAUUAAGUUGAUCUGAUCUCGGCAGGCUCAAUCUGUGCGCAUGCGAGAUAACAGUCCUGUGCUCUGGAUAUGCUGAUGUGAACUGAUACAGGCUGAGUAUCUGCUCAAGAUAAUGUGAUUUUGUCUUUCCAUGGACAUUUUUCUGUGACACUAUCAUUGGCAAGUCUAAAACGGGGACUAUUUAGUUUGUAACUUGUUUUUAAACGGCACAUUUGAUGGUUAAUGAUCGGAUAUCUUCAUCUACAAUCAGCUGACCACCUCUGAAUUCACUGCAUUAGAAGAUAUAUCCUGGAGUUUUCCUUCAUUUGCUUAAAAAAAAGCAGAUUUGGACCCCAUAUAUUUAGUCUUGUGUUAAAGGAGCCUAUAAGGAUCUUUGUGGUCGAACAGUAACGGGAUCUUGGAGAUGUCAGGCCGGCCUAGGACCUCCUCAUUUGCGGAGAGCUGCAAGCCAGUGCCGCAGCCUUCAGCCUUUGGCAACAUGAAAGUCAGCAGAGAUAAAGAUGGCAGUAAAGUUACAACAGUGGCCGCGACACCUGGUCAGGGACCCGACCGACCCCAGGAGGUCAGCUACACGGACACAAAGGUCAUCGGGAACGGCUCGUUUGGGGUCGUAUAUCAAGCGAAGCUGUGUGACACCGGUGAGCUGGUGGCCAUAAAGAAGGUGCUGCAGGAUAAAAGGUUCAAGAAUCGUGAGUUACAGAUCAUGAGGAAGUUGGAUCACUGUAACAUUGUCCGUCUGCGCUACUUCUUCUACUCCAGCGGAGACAAAAAAGAUGAGGUCUAUCUGAAUUUGGUGAUGGACUAUGUGCCUGAGAAUGUGUACAGAGUGGCCAGACACUACAGCAGAGCCAAGCAGAAUCUGCCUAUGGUCUAUGUGAAGUUAUAUAUGUACCAGCUGUUCCGCAGCUUGGCAUACAUCCACUCGUAUGGGAUCUGCCAUCGAGAUAUCAAGCCGCAGAACCUCCUGCUCGACCCAGAGACAGCUGUACUCAAACUCUGUGACUUUGGAAGUGCUAAGCAGCUGGCGCGUGGUGAGCCUAAUGUUUCCUACAUCUGCUCGCGCUACUACAGAGCCCCUGAGCUCAUUUUCGGAGCCACGGACUACGCUUCCAGCAUAGAUAUUUGGUCGGCUGGCUGUGUACUGGCCGAGCUGCUGCUUGGACAGCCCAUCUUUCCUGGUGACAGUGGUGUAGAUCAGCUCGUUGAAAUCAUCAAGGUUCUGGGAACUCCCACACGAGAGCAGAUCCGGCAGAUGAACCCAAAUUACACUGAAUUCAAGUUUCCACAGAUAAAGGCACACCCGUGGACUAAGGUUUUACGGCCCCGGACCCCUCCGGAGGCGAUAGCUCUGUGUUCUCGACUGCUGGAGUACACCCCUACGGCCCGCCUCACUCCUCUAGAGGCCUGCGCUCACACUUUCUUCGACGAGCUCCGUGAGCCCAACCUCAAGCUCCCGAAUGGAAGAGAGCGGCCUGUGCUGUUUAAUUUCUCCACACAGGAGUUGUCCAGUAACUCCUCGCUGGCCUCCGUACUCAUUCCCUCACAUGCUCAGAACCAGGCGGAAAACUCUUCCCAGUCUGCCUCGGCUGCAACAGGUGCUAACAGCGGCGACCGUGGCCUGAAUGCCAACGCUGCCUCUGCCGCCCCCAAUCCUUCAACUUGAACCCCAUCCACCCCUCAAUGGGCCACUUUACCCUGCUGCUUAUAAGCCACGCCCAUUCCCCGAGGUCAAGGGGCGUGGCUAAAACUAACCGAAAAGCUCAUGAUAUGAUGGAUGCACCAACCAAACCUUCCCCCAGUCAUUGUCUUGGUUUUUAUUAUUAUUAUUAUUAUUUUAUUUAUUUGCUCUAACAGACACGAUGAGGGCUAAGAAACACCACUUCAGGACUAUCUGUGGUGAUGUUUGAAAAUUCUCUCUCUCUAUAUAUAUAUAUUUACACUUACAUAAACCGUUACACCUACAAAUAUGUCUACUUUGACAUUUUUUUAAAGGGAAAUCUGUAUGCUGUAGCUGCUGCUUCUUUUAUAAUCAUCUCGGCCCCAUUCCUGGUUAAUUAUGGGUAGAGACAGACUUUGAAUAUGAGCUGGCACAGGUGGGAUUCAGGAAAGCUGGAUCCUGAUUGGUCCAAUACGACCAAAUCCUGAAUCGGUUCAACAGCAUGGACUGAUUUUCCAUGACUAUGUGAAAUAUAUACUAAUGACUUUUGCCUUUUCCCUCAGUAUUGGGCGGAAAUGUUGUAUGCUUAAGCUGUAUGCUGCUGUGUACCUCUUUGUUUUUCGACAUCGUUUGAAGGAGUGACAUUAUCCAUUCGUUUCCUGCUCAGUUUCCUCCUUCCUGUUGUAUAAUACUUCACUGAACUCUACGGAUGUUGACACACAUGUGAUAUCGGAUCAUUUUUUUGUGAGCACGUGACGCGUGUGUGUGUAAGAGAGAGUGCAUGCUGUACGUCUUAUGUCUAUAAAUACUGUAUGCUGAUUAGUGAGCUAAAAUAAACUAGCGCGUAAUGAAGAAAAAAGAUAAUCAGGACCUUUAAACAGAGCAGGUUUCUGCACCGCAAAUUCCAACCUUGAGGCUUAAGCAAGAUGUUGGGUUUAGUUUUCGAAAUCGUGUCAUUCGGGUUCGAAUUUAGCAGGAACGGGGGGCUGAAAGCAGUUUGAAAUCUGUAACCAUCUGGACUGCUCUGUCAGGAAGUCGACUCUAAUGAUGAGGAAAGAAGAUAGGAUGGGAACGUUUUCUCUACAGUCCGUUCGCUUCCAUUUCUUCUUGUUUUUCUUCCUCUCGUCCUCUUUAGUGUCCCCUAGUGUUAGUGGAAGUGCACAACCAAGACAGUUGGAUCGUGUUCCUCCAAAUACGGUCUACAGAAGAGUCACUUCAGACUGUUGAUGUCCCUCCCAAAAGUGCUGUUGAAAGAAUAUCCAUCUGUUCUGUUGCCUACGUAAAGCCACAGUUCACCCAAGUUGCUCACACUCACGUUGUCCCAAACUCGUAUGAUUUAUUUUCUUCCAUAAACCCUUGAUGAGAAUGUUUACUUUUUAUUUUAAGUGAUCUUUUCGAUGCAAUGAAAGUGACUAAGGGCUGUAAACCAUGAAAAUUAUAAAAAAAAAGUAAUGUAAUCCAUGACUUGUGUGCUAUAUUAAAAGUCCUCUUGAAGUCAUACAAUCAUUUUAUGUGAGGAAAAAUGCAAACUAAGUGGUUAUAAUCAACAUACUAAUAAUCACUUCUUACUCCCUAACUCUCAAAUACUGUGUCGUGUUCAAAUUUGGAGACCCUUGGCAUCACUGAAAUAAAACCUUAUGUAAUACCCAGUAUGAUUUGCCAUAUGAGCAAAACUGAAAUAUGAAAGCUUUGGCUAAGAUUGUUUGUGUAAUUUUUGGUGCUUGAAAGAUGAUGAUCAUUCACUUUCAUUGUAUGGAAACGAUUCAUCAUCUCACUAUUUUUAUUCUGUUUUAUUUUUUUUUACAGUCUCUUUUUUUUUUUUUUUUUUUAAUAUGACAGUUUUUUGGGUCAAUUGUCCAUUCAAUGUUCUUCUGAACUUUUUUUAAAAUGACCAGUUAUUAAAAUAUGAUCUUGUAUGAAGGUGCUCCAUCACUUUCAUGUAUUAAAAUUUGUUUAAGGGACUUAUUCAUUUCCUCAUCCAAGCUCUUGUUCAGGCCAGUUCACUGUCAUAGCAGGAAAAAUAAAUUUAACAGUGUUUUUUUUUUUUUUUUUUUUACUUCGAGUUUCAGAAAGACUUUAUCUUAAAGGGGUCAUAUUUGGUUUAACAGAAUAUGCUGACGUGCUUUAAAGUAAAAAAAAAAAAACGAUUCAUUAUCAACUGUACAUUAUUGUAGGUCCUCUAUGACCUGCUGCUCUCAAAUGCAACCGCGUGCAUGCACACACACACACACACACGACAUGCAAAGCUGCAAAGUCUGAAUGACCUCCUCUCCUAGGUUCACGAAACAGUCGUCCAUAAAAUGCAUUGCAGUUCUGCUGUAAGUAAGCUUAAAGAUUCCUAAAUGCAUCUAUUUACGGAGGCCAAAUUAAGUGUUUUUGCUUUCACCUAGAUUCACAGCAUCCCCCUUCAACACUAACUGCAGUUACUGAAACCCAGCCUUCUUUCUUUGCGUGAACAUUUGGGUGGCAUUACGCAAAUAUUUCCACAUAGUGACAUAGACAUGUUUUAGGGGGCGUGGCCGAGUCUUAACUUUGAUAAAGAAUAUCUCUAUGGUUUCGAGACUUUGGUCUUUGCAACUUUACAGAUCUUCUUCAUGCACCAAGAGCUUUUAACACUCCAAAGAGAAAGGAAAAAAUGUAUUUAUUUAUUUUAUGUUCUUUUAAUUGAUAUGGAAGAUUUUAUAUUUACAGGUUUUUUUUAUCAUUUACGUGCGUAAGAAUAAGGUGUCAAGUAUCUACAGUGUUAAGUAAUGAUUUUGCAAUAAUAUAUUUUUGAUUUGUGUUUGGGGUUUUGUAAAAUACUUUCAGCAGCACUUAAAGGGAGUGAAGUCAUGUAGCGCUACAACCAUUUUCAUAAGCUUCAUUAAAAUAUGUUUUUAAAGCCUCUGCUGUUAGCAGUCACAUUGCUUCAUGAUUUACUUUUCUCAGUGACUCAUAUUUGAAACAAAUAUGAGAUGAAAGGGAAUAUGUAGAAAUACACACUUGAACUCCUGGUAGCCAUAAAAGUUCAACAGGCACCAAAACUGAAAACAAACAAACUGAUACAUAUAAUAAUUAUUAUUAUUCUUUUCUCUGUACAUGACAGUAUGUUGAACGUCACACUGAUGUGUUUUCUGUCCCUUGUGUGCUCUGGUUCAGAGAAGUCACCUGAUACUGUACUGUAUUGAAUAAAGUAUAGCUUAGCCUCACUCCA